GUGACAGCCAUUAUUCCAUUUCAAAUUGUGUGCAAUUUUAAAUAACUUUAGCAAAUUAUUCGUCAUUUCGAUGUUUUUUAAAAGUACAUGGCAUUACAGAUGGAAAAAUCAAGACCUAUUAGAAUUUUUCUAAUAUGCAUGAUAGUUUCGUUUAUUUUUGGCGCUUCAAUUUUCCUAACUGGUUUCUUUCCCAUAAACAAUUAUGCUUUGGAUCGUGUUGCCGCUGAAAGCAAACCAAAAGAUUUGGAUGGUUUGAGUUUGACACCGCCAACUCAAAUUUACGCACAAACCAUACUUAUGCUGGUGGAUGCGCUACGUUUCGAUUUUGCCAGUCAAAAUGGAAUUCCUUUCUCCUACAACAACUCAUGUAAUCGUCUCAAGUUGCGUGUUAACAUACCCACUGUUACCAUGCCUCGUCUUAAAAGCUUAACCACCGGCACGGUUUCAAAUUUUAUUGAUAUUAUCCUAAAUAUUGGUCAUGUUGAACAACUUACAGACUCUUUGUUACACCGCUUACAAGAACGUAACGAAACUACGGUUUUUGCUGGUGACCGUACUUGGAUAAGUCUAUUUCCAAAACAAUUUACACGCUUUACCGCUAACUCAGAUUCGUUUUUUGUGAACGAUUUUUAUGAGGGUGACAAAAAUGUGACGGAAGUAUUAUCUAAAGAAUUGCUGAAUAAUGACUGGAUGUUGUUGGUGCUACAUUAUUUGGGUUUAGAUCAUAUUGGACAUGUUGAAGGUAGUGAAAGUGCCAAAAUCCCGCUUAAAUUAAAAGAAAUGGAUGAAGUUGUGCUGAAGCUAUACAAUGCAAAGCAUUUUCACAGACAGCUGCUUUUAUUAACUGGUGACCAUGGUAUGCGUGAUGGUGGCGGUCAUGGUGGGAGUACAACGGGUGAGAUGUAUGUGCCAUUAUUUGUUUUCAAAGAAAACUGCACCAAAAGCAGUGCUAGUAAAUCUAACGAGUAUAAUCAAAUUGAUAUGGCGCCCACAUUAGCCAUACUCUGGUCCAUGGAAAUUCCGCCGAUGUCAAUUGGCUGUUUAAUACCCGAGCUCUUGCAUGAGUUUAACAUGGAGGACCAACUAUACGCUUAUUACUAUAAUGCGCUACAUUUAGUGCAAAAAGCUAACAGUAAAUUUGAUGAAGAUUUUGUUAAUAACAAUGCAUUCAACAAAUGGUUUACCACAGCCAAAUCGGCGCAUAAGCAGUUUCUUUUAGAAAAACGCAAUAAAAACUUUGAAAAUACUUUUAUUUUCGAGCACGCUAAAGUGCAUUACUUACGUUUGGCACGCGAAAUUUCAAACCAACUAUCCGACUCAUUAGUGCAAUUCGAUUACGGGCUGAUCACACUGGGGCUUAUGCUAACCACAUUUGUCACACUCAACGCACUUUUGGCUUUUUUCACAACCACUGCGUGUGUUAUUAUCAAAGGCAAGACAGCAUGGCUGUGUCUAUUAGCUUUCGCCGCAUGCAUAAAUAAAUGGUGCCACUACCAGCGUUACUUUUUGUCUACUGGCAUAAUGUUUACCAUUACGAUAUUGUUGGCCAUAAUGGCUAACACUUAUUUGCUUAUAAAUAUAGUGUAUAUAUUAUUUCGCCGAUUACAUAUGAGCUGUACACUAGCACAAUCCUCACUGCCCAAACCAAAACAAAUUUGGUUGUUGUUAAGUUGUUUAGUAUUUCAUACGCUUACGCUGGCCUCCUCAUCGUACAUCGAAUACGAGAAUAUAACUUGGCAUUAUCUUGGAGCCAGCACUAUAUUUUUGCUUUUUGUGCAAAAUUUUCAAACACAGUUAUUUGCCUGCAGGCUGGACACAUGCGUCAAUGAUAUGGCGCUGUAUAAAGUUGUUUUGCGAAAUUUGCUAAAAUCACACACGUCCCUAUUGGUGAUUGGAGGUUUGGGUAUUUUGUACCGUUUAGACGGUGCGUCGUCUUAUCUAACGCAGGAGCGAAAUAAAGCAUGGCUAAGUUUCAUAUUUGGUGCAGGCCUGAUUUUAUAUACGCUAUGUUUACGUCAGCAUAGUCUUGUGCAAACGCGUAAGGAGCUUGUGUUGUACUUCUUCGCUGCGAUGCUGAUCUAUUGCUAUCGUGCCUUGAAGGGAGUGGUUUACUUCGUGUUCAACAUAAACUGUUGUGAUAAUAUUGUUUUGAACAUAUUUUGGCUGUUGGUCGUUAUUGCUGCAUGCAUAUCAACUGUGAUAUUACAUUCCAAACGUCGUAUUAGUUAUCAAAUUCAGCACACUUCGUUAGCGGGUUGCUUUAAAAUUCUACUAACUUUACUGCUGACCGUUUCCUUGUUGCUGCAUAAGCCACACAAUGUUCUUCUAGUCGCUUAUUUAAUAUAUACGCUCUCUUUGUGCUAUGAGUUGUGCGAUAAAUGCGAAAAGAACGCGCUACGCAAUUACAAAUACAAGUACUUAUCGAAGCUGCUGUGCACUAUACUUGUGGGCAAUAUGUUUUACUUCUAUCAGGGUAAUUCGAAUAGUUUUGCCACAAUCGAUAUAAAUCCCGGCUACAUUGGUCAAACUACUUAUAAUCCCAUAAUUGUUGGUAUACUUGUCACCUUGAAUAUGUAUUCAGCGCAAUUUAUUGCAUUUUUAUACUUAAUUACGCAUAUUUUGCAAGAAAGUGUUAACAAAACAAACGGUUUGUCUGCAAAUGAGCAUAUAAAUUUCAUUAUUUAUUUCUACACCUUAAGCAUAUUUGUACCGGUUUUAAUUUAUUUCUGGUUACUGUUACUCUUUCGUUACCAUCUGUUUAUCUAUUCAGUAUUUGCGCCGAAAGCAUUUUAUGAAUACUACCGUGUAUUUGUACUUUUCUUUACAUAUUUAAUGACAACAAUUAACUUGUACAUAUUCGAUCAAUAA